UUAUAACAAAAGCUGCUAGUUUAAAAAUACAGACUCAUGCUUGUUAAUAACUUAGAGUGGACUGUAAAUCAGUGUGAGGGUAGAAAGAGAGGCUGCUUUCUCUCCUUUGGACUGCCUGCCAGAGGGAACUAGUCUUUAAUCAGUUUCUGUUAUUAACUGAAAUGAAAAUGUGAAGCAGGUAAUCUGCAGUGUGUGGAGAACGAAGCUUUCUUUCGUUAGCGUUCCUGAGGAUGGUAUGGCCUGGUUUAGCGGUGACUAGCGCCAACUGGUCUGCUAGCCACUCACAGACCUCUGUGAAAUUAUUUGGUGGCCUGUGGUCGGUUCAGCUCAAAUUGGAUGGUAAAUGGCUUUCUUCUCAGCAGUCUCAGGAAACAAGAGCAAGGUCUGAAAGAGCCUUAGGAAAGGGUUCUUGCCUCCCAUGUCCCGUGGAGUGGUGCCAAGGAUGAGACUGUGAGUAACAGCGCUGAAAGUGUUGCGUGCGGCUUGUGGCUAAAAAGCAAAAUGUAUCCUCUGCUAUUGUGCAAAGCUAGUUCCUUCCAAGCAAACCAUGUGAAAAAAAAAAAAAAAAAAGAAGAAGAACCUUCCCAGAAUGCCAGCCUAGUUCUGGGAGGUGAUAAGUGACGAACAUGGAAUUGACAUCGCUGGAAACUACCGUGGGGCUGCACCACUGCAGCUCGAGCGAAUUAAUGUGUACUUCAAUGAGGCUUACUCUCAUAAGUAUGUGCCCCGUUCUAUCUUGGUGGACCUGGAACCUGGAACUAUGGACAGCGUACGAUCUAGCAAAAUAGGCCCCUUAUUUCGACCUGACAAUUUCAUUCAUGGUAACUCAGGUGCUGGCAACAACUGGGCUAAGGGCCAUUACACAGAAGGAGCUGAACUGAUUGAAAAUGUCAUGGACGUCGUCAGGAACGAGUGCGAGAGCUGUGAUUGUCUUCAGGGGUUUCAGCUUAUCCAUUCGCUUGGUGGUGGAACAGGCUCAGGUAUGGGCACGCUCCUCAUCAACAAAAUCAGAGAAGAAUAUCCUGACAGGAUUAUGAAUACCUUCAGUGUUGUGCCGUCACCCAAAGUAUCUGACACAGUUGUAGAGCCAUAUAACGCCAUCCUCUCCAUCCAUCAACUAAUAGAGAACACAGAUGAAACCUUUUGCAUUGACAAUGAAGCUCUAUAUGACAUAUGUUUUAGAACUUUGAAGCUCACCAAUCCCACCUACGGUGACCUCAACCACUUAGUGUCCCUAACAAUGAGUGGGGUCACAACCUCACUCCGUUUUCCUGGUCAGCUGAAUGCAGAUCUGAGGAAGCUGGCUGUUAACAUGGUGCCUUUUCCACGCCUGCAUUUUUUUAUGCCUGGCUUUGCUCCGCUGACAGCUCGAGGUAGCCAACAGUACAGAGCCCUGUCAGUACCAGAGCUUACUCAGCAAAUGUUUGAUGCACGCAACAUGAUGGCAGCCUGUGACCCUCGUCAUGGACGUUACUUGACUGUGGCAUGCAUCUUCAGAGGCCGAAUGUCUACCAGAGAAGUGGAUGAACAGUUGCUGGCUAUCCAGACCAAGAAUAGUUCUUACUUUGUGGAGUGGAUCCCUAAUAACGUCAAAGUGGCAGUGUGUGACAUACCACCACGAGGACUGAAGAUGGCAGCUACCUUUAUUGGCAAUAACACAGCCAUUCAGGAGCUCUUCAUCAGGGUUUCCGAACAAUUCUCAGCUAUGUUUAGAAGAAAAGCAUUUCUUCAUUGGUAUACUGGUGAAGGUAUGGAUGAGAUGGAGUUUUCUGAAGCAGAAGGUAACACCAAUGACCUUGUGUCCGAGUACCAACAGUACCAGGAUGCCACAGCAGAUGUUGAGGAAUAUGAAGAGGUAGAAGUGGAAGUUAGCCCAGAACAGGAAACGCUCUAGAAACAAUGGCAAUAUCAAAACAUUCUCCAAAAAGCACAUGGACGCUCCCUAAAAAAGAGCAAUAGCCUUCAUCUGCAUACCCAAAGGAACACCUUUCUUAAGGGUUUUUUUUCUCUGUAUCAGGUCCAAAUACAAGCAAUAUUACAAUAUAAUGCUUUUGAAAUCAACAGCAGCUAUGCUUUGCUUUCCUGGACAACUGAAUCUCUCCCAAAAAAGAACCCCUGUGAAGAAACGUUGUCUGCUAGCAGUCUUAUUAACGUAUUCACUUUUGGAAUAUAUAGCCAGGCACCACAUGUAAUAUACAGCCUGCGUGUGCAUAUCGGGAACAUAAGCAGCAGUAAAAUAGGCUAUAAACUCGUAUCACAUUUAUUUAUUCUCAAGUAAACAUAGUCCAGGUUUUUGUUUGUGACUCUGUUACUGGUUUAAGGAACACAUGCACAGCUAUAAGGCCUACAAAGGCAGUAUCUAUUUUAUUAUGCACUCAAUAGACCUAUCUAGAUCUGUGGAUAAGUUCAGUAGGGCUUUCUUCAGUAGAGACUGAAAGGGGAAGUUAAUUUUUUUGCAGAGCUUGUAUUCAUUGUCAUUGUGUGGUUUAUUUUUUUUAUUUCAAACUAUACACUGAGUUACACUAACACACAAAAUUGUGAAUGCAGUCUAGAAGUUCUGGUGUGGUGGGUUUUUUUUUUUUUUGUUCCAUAUACUAACUAUUGUAACUUUUCUGCCUAACUUUCAGUACAGCAAAAGGGAGGAAAGGGGUUGCAUCUAGUUAGAGACACAAGUUCAGUGGCAAUCACUGAAUCAGAAAUGUAUCUUGACUUCAGGAAAAAGUUUCUUGCCAACUACAGAAAUGUAUACAGCCAUAUAUUUAGCAUUGUACUUAUAAUAGUCUUUAAACUAAAAAUUCUAUACUUUUUUUUUUAAUAAAGUACUUUAAAAGUUGAUACAUUCAAUAGGCAAAAAAACUUUUUUUUCCUUGUAAGGACUAACUUUAAGUUAUACGAAGCAAAUGAGCUUGGUUUCUUAUACUCUUGAAAAUAAAAAACAAAAUUGUUGACUGUUUUCAUCUGUUUGAGACUUAAUAUCAUGUUUGGCAAGAGAGGUUAAAAUAACUUAUUUCUAGGUUGUAGCUAUAAAAGGUGAAUUUAAUAUUAAAUGGGCAACUCUACGCCAUACACAGGGACAUUUACAAGAAUGGUAAGUGAAAAUGAUUUCUAAGGGAGCUAAGUUCUAUCGUGUUUUGGUAUUCAAAGUGCCAAGUCAAGCCAACUUUUUUUUUUUUUUUGACUGCUUACAUCUAAAUGUUUGAAUGUGUUUUCUUCCACUUCACAGACAUGAUGUUAAGUUGACAUGAUCUUACUAAUCAAGUGGAUAAGGAUAAAGAUACAAAAUAUAGCUUGAGUUAAAUGUACUUAUUUAAUCGCUCAGUUAUUAACCAACCUUCCCCAAAAUUCCUGAGACAAAGGACUUUGAAAUGCAUGAACCCCUGUAAACAAACCAAAACUGUCUUUCCUCCCAAAUGCAGACAAACUGAGUUACAUCACUCAAGGACCUUCUAUAGAUUUAAAAAGACAGAACUGGAUUUUAAAAGUAUUUAGGCACCUAACCUUCAUUUGUUUCUUUGUAUCUACAACCAGCAGGGCACCUAUGCACACACAUCAUGACAAAUGUAAUGUCCUUUCCUCAAACAUUACCCUGUCUACAUUAGACCUUCCAUUUACAGCAAACUUGGUACUUAAGUACCAUUUAUGACAACUGAGUUUGAAUAACCAAAAAUCAUUCUAAUGCAUUUUAAUAGCACUCUUCUCAGCCCCAGCUUAUAUGAUGCACUCUUAAGAGUCUGUGACUACUACACUCACCUGUGGUAUGUCAGUUUUACAGUAGAGGGGCAGGAUCUAUAAAAUUACAUUAAAAAUUAUGUAUGUAAAAAAGUAUAUGAAUUCCAUAUGGGCUUUUUGGGGACA